AUGGCCAUCAUCAAACAUCUGGACAUUAUCCCCUCUAUUGAUCCAUCGCUCUCAUCAACCGAUUUUGUUGUCGAGGCAGGAUGGGGCACUCCUGCAUCGAUUGUCGGUGUAAUCCGUCUUGCAGCAUCCAAACCUCUCAAAGAAGCUAGAUUGAUUCUCGAGUUUCAAGGACAAACCGAGACCUUUUGGGUUGGCUCCAAGGUCCGCAAACCUGGUGAUCUUCCUGGCGAGUCGUUCAUCCGCAAAUUUCAGCAAGUCAUUACUGUGGUUCGAGAUUCAAAAGAAGUGCUCGAGCCCAACGAGUUUGGAUCCAUUACUUUACCAUUUACGAUCCAUCUACCGUCCUAUGGAUUGCCUCCUUCUUUUUUUGAUGCUCGAGGAUGCAUCAAGUACAAUCUUAAAAGCACCCUUAUGUGGUCAGAAACUUUUCAACUACUGAAGCCUACCCAUGUUGCCAACGUCCCGAUUACCAUUGUAAUGCCUCGUGCACAUCGACUUAAACUCAUUCGUACACCCUCCAUUCUAGAAUACGACACUCCAUAUGAUCCAGACCGAUGCACUUGUGCCAUCAGACUACCCACCCGGGUGUAUAUUCCUGGACAGCAAUUUACCGUCCAGUUUGCUAUUUCCUAUGUUCCUCAAAAAACCAUCGCGUCAAUACAGGUAUCUAUUGAAGGAUGCACGACAUACAGAUCCAUCACCAGUGAUGCCACAAAGAGAAACAGAAAUGCAGUUGUAUGGAACCCCUUUCCUCUUGCAGUAACUCGAGAAGUGCCUACUGCAGGUGAGCUGCAAUCAUACGAUCCAAACAAUACGCAAAUAUUCUCUCGCACACUACAUUUGGUAACCGACCCAAAGUACCACCAACCGACUCUUGAAAGUUCCCUCAUUACUACUCGUUCUAUCAUCAAGUUUCAGAUAUUCAUGGAUGGUGAAGAGGAGCCACAUAUGUCAUUUGAAACCUCCGUUAUUGUGAUUCCAGCAGACACUAUCAAGGAAACUGCCGCGCUGAGGGCAUUAGAACUUGCUCGCUCUCAAAUCCGUCCCGCCAACGAGAUUGUUGUAUCUACACCCAUUUCAAUGCUUUCCCAUCGCUCAAAAGGAUCGAGUUUCAGCACAACGGCAUCAAUCAAAACUCCUACAAUGUCUAAUUUUAACAAUGACGACAAUUCAACCUUGCGUCCACCAAGCAGUGGAAGUGGAGCAUCUAGUUACACUCCAUCGGGACAAAUGCCCAUUCCAUUCUCCAACAAUCACCACAUGUCUGGUAGCAACAACAGCGGCAUGCAUUCUGUUGGUUCUACCGAAGGUGGGUCAAGUUAUCUAUCAUCCGGUAUACCACCUCCCAGAUACUCCAUUUCCCAGCGUAGUCUAGACACACCACAAUCAGCAUUUGGAAACUCUUAUUCAGCAGAUACUUUAACGACUGCUUCAAAUGCCAAUACGCGAUCUACUGGCGAGUCUGGACGUCGACCCUCAUUGGCAAGAGAUUUGGCAACUUUACCCGAGAAUCGUGUUGCAAUUUUUCCUACUGAAACCAAAAGUGAAGGGCAUGAGAGUGAUGACGAACUUGAUGGUCUCUUGACUAUUGAUGAAUUAGCUGGACGUCUUGCUGAUGCAAAUUUAACCCGCAAAGAGUUUGGUAAUCUGAUGGUACAGGCGCCGUCUGCAGAAACCAAAGCGGUUGUCAAUGGGCUACUCGCUCGCCUUGAUUCUGGAUAUGCAUUGACCACGAAUGCGAUCCAGGCUGCUGAACUUGAUGGAUCAACUCCACAACCACGACCUUUGAGCGUGUCCCAGCUUGGGCAGCAGUUGGCUAUUAACAAUGCAACUUGUGAAACUUCAAAUCCUGCCGGGGAUACUAGAAACUCGCUUUUAGAAGAAGGAGCUGGCACAAGUAAAUUGCAAGAUUUGUUGGAUAGCCUCAAUGAGGUUGAACGAGAACAUUAUGCCAAAUCUACUAAUGAGUUUGUUUCCAUUACUGACAUCAAACCUGUCGAGGUAGCCGCAAUACCACGACCUUCAUCUGCUCAAAACAACCGAUCCACCCAAAUCCAGCAAAUUGACGAUUUGCUUGAAUCAUUGCUUGCCUUUGAGCAAGACCAUCAACUGAAUGAUCCACACCAUCCAAGUCUGUUGACUGCUCCACCCACACCCGAAUAUGCAGCGUUGAGCGUGGUUGUUCCAACACGAUCCAGCAGCACCACAAAUGCCAACGAUACACCCUUGUGCACACCCAAAGAUGCGCAACUUUCAUUAACACCACCGCAAUCCAUACAACAACAGUCGAAUGGAUUUAAUUAUGAGUCGCACCAUUCUGCCAAUUCACAACAUAUGUUUAAUGACGAGACUUUGCUACAAGAUUCCUAUUCAUCGCUACCCAAAACACAGCCUGUUAUGCCACCACAGCGUAAACAAAAGGCUGUUGCAAGAUUCAGCGUCGUCAUUGCACAUACACCCAACCGAUCAGACGAACUAUCAUUACAUGUAGGUGAUUUAGUAUGUAUUCGUGAAAUUUUUCGCGAUGGAUGGUGCUGGGGAUACAACGUAUUAUCCAAAUCCGAAGGGUCGUUUCCUAUGAAAAAAGUGCAACUGUAUGACUCGGUCGCUACCAUGUAA